UUUCAAUUUUCUUUCCUUUUUUCAACCGACUCAUCGUGUCAUUAUGCCACCCGAUAGCACCGAAAAGUUAAGCUUCAACAAUACAUUUUGCCGUUGUGCUUCAACCAUCGUCUCUCUCAAGGUUGCCCGAUGGUUUAACACGCCUAAGUCCAUGAGCCGGUGCCAUCCCAUCUCCAAGAAGCUCAUAGUAAAAACGGGAUUCUCUGUCCAUCUCACUGAAGCAGCUACCUUGCAAUUUGUUUCGAAGAACACCUCUAUUCCCGUACCGCGUGUGCAAUGUUCCUUUGUCUUUAGGAAUCGCACAUACAUCGUAAUGGACCGCAUCAAAGGAGACCCCAUUAGUAAUGUAUGGUUGAAGUUGACUGAGGCGGAUCGUGAUAGCAUUCUAUUGCAGUUACGCCAUAUGCUACAAGAGUUGAGAGCAAUUGCACCGCCUCCCGGAACAGGAGUUGAAAGUUGCGUCGGCGGCUCUUUACGAGAUCCUCGGAUGACCCGAUCUAGUCCCAGGUUCGGUCCAUUUAAGACGAUAGAGGAUUUUCAUUAUUGGCUUCGCGGAGGACUCCAAUUAAAGGACUUUCCUAGUGGUUUCCCGGACUGCGAUGAACAGGACUGGGAUGAUUUCAAAGAGAUGGCAAUCAGGCAAGACACGCCGUGGCCAUCUCCCGUGUUUACGCACGCUGAUCUCAAUCCCUCUAACAUCUUAGUUCGCGGAGGCCAAGUGGUCGGCAUCGUUGAUUGGGAAGUCGCCGGUUGGUAUCCCUCUUAUUGGGAGUUCACUUCUGCCUGCUAUUUGCAAAUUCCAGACUGGGACGCUACCGUCCCAAAGUUUCUCGACCCAUUUCCCAACGAGCUUAAAAUGGAGCGAACACGACAAAGAUGGUGGGGUGAAAUUUAGGUAUGAUACAUUAUUCUAUUUCAAAACUACAUUGCAUAUCCACUACAUCGGAUUUCGAGUUCAAGCGUCUCUGGACAAAAACCCAUACUCUCCACACGCAUCGACGACUUAACA